AUGGCGGCGAUCAUGAUGAGGGUUGGUGCUGGUCCUUUCGCUUCUGUUCGUGUUUACCCGCCCGUUCUGCGUUCCGCUGCUAUCGCUGCGCUCCGAGCCGUCAGUCUGUCUGCGACUCAGUCACUUCCAGAGAGAGUGAAGAUUGUGGAGGUUGGACCCCGAGAUGGGCUGCAGAAUGAGAAGACAGUCGUUGCCACCGAGGUUAAGAUCCACCUGAUCCACAUGCUGUCUGAGGCUGGACUUCCUGUCAUUGAGGCCACAAGCUUUGUUUCACCUAAGUGGGUCCCUCAGAUGGCUGAUCAAGGGGAAGUGAUGCGUGGGCUUCAUAUGAAACCCGGCGUAAAUUACCCUGUUUUGACCCCUAAUCUGAAGGGUUUCCAGGCUGCUCUGAAGGCUGGUGCAAAAGAGGUGGCAAUAUUUGGUGCUGCCUCAGAGCUCUUCAGUAAGAAGAACAUCAACUGUUCAGUGGAGGAAAGUCUUCUGCGUUUUGAGGAGGUCAUGAAAGCAGCCAAACAGGAGGGAAUUCCUGUAAGAGGCUAUGUGUCAUGUGUGCUCGGCUGUCCGUAUGAAGGGAAGGUAUCGCCCAACAAAGUAGCAGAGGUUGCUAAGCGACUUUACUCUAUGGGAUGUUAUGAGAUUUCACUUGGUGAUACCAUCGGAGUGGGCACACCAGGGGGCAUGGUGGAUAUGUUGAAUGCCGUAAAGAAAGAAGUUCCUGUGGAGGCUUUGGCUGUUCACUGUCAUGAUACGUACGGACAAGCGCUGGCUAACAUACUCGUAGCAUUACAGAAUGGGAUAAGUGUUGUGGACUCCUCUGUCGCUGGGCUGGGUGGCUGCCCUUAUGCCCAGGGGGCAUCUGGGAAUGUUUCAACAGAGGAUGUAGUCUAUAUGUUGAAUGGACUAGGAAUCCAUACUGGAGUGGACCUUCCCAAACUAAUGGAUGCUGGCUCAUACAUCUGUAGAUCACUCAACAGAAGGACAAAUUCAAAAGUAGCUCAGGCCUCGUGCAAGCUGUGAAAUUAGUGAUUCUGGUCAUUAUUGUAUCUGAUAUGAUUAAUGCAACCAUUGUUGCCCUUUGAUAAAAAGUAAAAUGUCUUAAAUAAGUACAGUGUUAGUCGACACAGCUAGACUGAACAGGUCUUCAUCUGUACAUUUCUGGUGGGUCACAUAAGCAACAAUCAGACAGUCCCAAACUAUUAUUUUGUGCCUUGAUUUUUGGUAACAGGCUUCUAGUGUGUAUUUAUAUUUUAAAGAAAUGAAUUAGAUGUUUUAUAUGGUUCUUGAAUAGGAUGACUCAACACUAAGGGAACAAAUGCCAGAUAGAUACUGUUUGAUUUCAUAAAAUGUUAUGAAUGAUACAUGAACACGUCUCUUUGCUCUUAGCCUCUUGCAUUAUUGCUAAUGCAGAGCUUGACCUUUAGACAAUGAAACCUAACACAGUCAUAGUUAUUAGGCUUCAAGUCAUUUGACAUGAUUAAGAAACGGAAAUAUCCGUCAUUACCAAUCACAUUCGGUAAAACACGUUAACAAUCGGUCAUAACAUUCCCAUUAAGAUUAAAGGAACUGCAAAAAUGCUUUGUUUUAAUCUCUUUGGCAGCAUCUAUUUUACUUCUGUAGGAAGUAAACUGAAAAUUAGAUUGGGAGUGUUAAUGGAGGAUUAUGCCCGGUAAAACAUUCUCUGUAAAUGAAUCUCUUAACAAAACAGUACCGGUUUCAUUAGUGAGUGAGAGAGUACUGUAAUUCCUGGAUGCAUGUAGACAUCCUUUGAUAUAUUCUUGGCAUUUGCCACAUUGGUGAAAUUAUAUUUUAUAAUUUCUUUGUUGUGUUGGCUGACAUUAUUUUGUGAAAUAUUACUAUUUAAUAAAUGUGAAUUGAAUCUUUUGUACUUUUGAAUUGUACAAAAUGAUUCAUUUCAAUGUAUUAAAAACAGUUGAAAAAUCA